GAAGAUCCCUCGACGCCGCUCGUUCGCGGCAGAGGCAGGGCAGAGAGGAAGAUACAGAGACGACGGCGACCCGCCUUGAAGUUUCCGCGCCGGCGGAUUUCGGCGCAGAGUGCCGGGGCGGCGCUGCCCGCGGGCCGGCGGCCACCGCCGGGGCGUGAGCCGCGGGGGGCGCCCACGUGGUGGGAGAGGAAAACCCGGCGGCAGCGGCGGCGGGACCCGGCAGAGCGCGGGGCGGCGGACGGGAGCCGCGCCGGGCUCCGCGCCGCACCGGGCCGGGCCCCUCCCGGCGGACCGCCGCGCCGCACCGGGCAGGAAGGGGUGGAGCGGCCGGCGGAGCGCACGGGCGGGGUGCCGCGGGCGGGGAGGCAUCCCGGCCAUGCUGAAGGCGGGCGGGCGGGCGGCGCCGCACCUCCCCUGAGCGCUCCCCAUGGAGCGGCUGCCCGGCCAGCCCUGAGCCGGCGGCCCCGGCCGCCCGCCCGCAGCCGCCCCCGAUGGAGCCCGAGGAGCGGAAGAUCUCGGUGUGGAUCUGCCAGGAGGAGAAGCUGAUCUCCGGGCUCUCCCGGCGGACCACCUGCUCGGACGUGGUGCGGGUGUUGCUGGAGGACAGCCACCACCGGCGGCAGCGGCCGGCGCUGCCCGAGCCCGGCGGCGGGAUGCUGUCGGGGCCGCCGCACUCCUACUGCAUCGUGGAGAAGUGGCGCGGCUUCGAGCGGAUCCUGCCCAACAAGACGAAGAUCCUGCGGCUCUGGGUGGCGUGGGGGGACGAGCAGGAGAACGUGCGCUUCGUGCUGGUGCGCAGCGAGGCCUCGCUGCCCAACGCGGGGCCGCGCAGCGCUGAGGCGCGGGUGGUGCUCAGCAAGGAGCGCCCCGGCCACGGCCUGGGGGCGGCCCGCGCCAGCCUGGCGCUCACGCAGGAGCGGCAGCGGCGGGUGGUGAGGAAAGCCUUCCGCAAGCUGGCCAAGAUCAACAAGAAGCGGCAGCAGCCGCUGGCCCGGGAGGUCUCGUCGGCGGAGAGGAUGGAGACGUUGGUGCACCUGGUGCUCUCGCAGGACCACACCAUCCGGCAGCAGAUCCAGCGCCUCCGCGAGCUGGACCGGGAGAUCGACAGGUACGAGGCCAAGAUCCACCUGGACCGCAUGAAGCGGCACGGCGUCAACUACGUGCAGGACACCUACCUGGUGGGGGCCGGCGGCGGGGAGCCGGAGCCGGGCCGGGAGCCCCAGCCCGCCGCCGGCCGCCCCGAGGAGGACUACGCCAGGAAGUGCGAGGAGGUGCUGCAGCUGCAGGAGCAGCGGGCGCAGCAGGAGGAGCUGCUGGAGCACCUGGCCGCCGAGAUCCAGGAGGAGCUCAACGAGCGCUGGAUGAAGCGGCGACGGGAGGAGCUGGAGCUGGCGGCGGGGCCCGGCCUGGCCGAGACGGACUGCGACACUACGGAGCUGAGCGGCGGCGGCGAGGGCGAGCUGCACCUGGAGCACGAGCGGGUGAAGACCCAGCUGAGCACCAGCCUCUACAUCGGCCUCAAGCUGAGCACGGACCUGGAGGCCGUCAAAACCGACCUGGACUACACGCAGCGGGCGUGGGAGGACAAGGAGCGGGAGCUGCAGCGCCUGCUGGAGACGCUGGGCACCCUCGACGUGGCGGAGGCGCCGGCGGAGCCGCGCGGGGCAGCGGGCGGGGGGCGGCCGGCGGCGGGGGGCGGCGGCGCGGCCGGCUGGGUGGAGCAGGCGCGGGCGCUGCGCAAGGACCGCGCCGAGAACGACGAGGACUCGGACACGGGGCUGAGCUCCAUGCACAGCCAGGACUCGGACUCGGUGCCCGUCUGCGAGUCCCUCGUCUAGCCGCCCGCCGCCCAGCCGGGCCCCGCAGCGCCAGGAAUAGAGGGCGGGCUCCGGCCCGGCUCGCAGCGGAACCGGGCACGGUAGAGGCUCUGCCCGGUGCCCCGUCGGCCGCCCGGGCAGCGCGGCACAAGCUCGCCGUCGGUGCGGGGCUCGGCGGGGACGGGGCGGGUGGAGCGAGGCUGCCGGGGCAGAGGGGGGGGUGUAGGACUGCGGGCAGGUGGGGGGAGGCCAGAAAACUCCCGGUGCAGGAAGCAGUCACACAGAGGAAACAUUUUAAUUUUAGCUCUUGAGUUUAAACUUGUUCUAACUAGUCAUCCGCGGGUAGCGUUUAGGCUGGCUCGCCGGUACUUUUAUCUAAGGAAGAGAGACCCGCAGCGUGUUUGUGUUUCAUUCACGUCUGGGAUUGCUCGCUCCUUAAAUCCUGCCGCCUGCUUCCCUCCGAAGGGUUUCUCGCUGGGCCUUUUAAUCCUAUGGUUCCCCACACUGUCCCCACUGUAGCAUAGGCUACUUCAGAUAAUCUCUUUGCGAGUAAAAUGCCAGGACGUGCUCUCCAUAGGGUAAAUCAGUUAUCUCCCUCACAGUUUCUCAGCAUUGCAAGUCAGAGGGUGGGUUAUACUGGCUGUCAUUUACAAAUACACCCGGCUCCUCUACAGGCAAAAAGUCACUGAGACUAAAGCUGCUGCUCAUUUAAAAACUGCGGAGGAGAAGAGGUGUCAAUACUACUGAAGCUGACACUGGGACCUCCCAGGGCGCAAGCUUUUGGAAAGUACUGCAGUUCCUUUUGGCAACAAAAAGGGGUGAUAAAUCACCUCUUUAAAAAAAAAAAAAACCACAAACCAACCACAAACCAAAAACCCCUCCAAAAACCAACAAACUAAACCAAAAUACAGACUAACGUAUUAACUCUGCUCUGCGUAGUGCUUUUUCUUAUGCAUAGAUAAGAGUGCUUUGUUCAAAGGUGUACUAAGAAAUCUAAUAGUAUCAAUGUUCAUUUGACAGUCAUUGAAAGUAAUUAGCAGUGCCUGUAUGUACACGGCCUUCAACUACAUUUUUUCAGUAGGCUAGCUGAUAUUUGGCUGAGCUGGAUUGUAGAUGAACAAAGUACAGAAUCAGCUUGAGCUACUGUUUUUAAUAAUAUAGUUCGUAUGAGGCCAAGAGAUACAAGGAUAAAAGCAUGACUCAAGCCCUACCUGCACUACAGCUUAAUCUUUUCAGUUAUUCCAAUAAAAAAAAUACAGCAUCAGCUGUAACAUGCAUUUCACUUAACUGCCAAAUCUUCCUCUGUAGUUUAACACUUACUGAAAAUAUAUGAUCUGCUCUUACAAUAAGAGACAUUAAGAAUUCCUAUAUUCCAGAAUAAUUGCAGAAACAGUUUAAGCAGUGAGAGACCAGAGAAUGUUUAGUCAGGUCUGAAUAAGUGUGAACUUUUUAAAACUUUUGAGAUUAUUAUUUAUGUAAGGCUAUUUAUGAAAGUUUUCAUUUAACAAUAAGAAAGUAUAAAAAGGGGUGCACCAAUAGACCAGUUCUUUACUUUUGAUAAAAACCUCACAGCUUCCUCACCCAAAGACCGGGUUCCACUCUUUCACAGCGUUCUUGCUGGUCAGAAUUCUGUUGGACAACAGAACAAUGGACUCUGUAACCGGUCAGUUUGAAAGCAGUCGGAGAAAUACUGUCUGUGGAUUUGUUGAGGCUGUACAAUUCCCUAUAUGCUAUCAUUCUUGAUAAAUGUUACUCCACUGAAUGGGUCUCAGUUAUAACAAACUGUGGUUUAUUUUAAACACUGAUUAUAUAAUUGUUUUUCAUAUUUUAGUCAACAUUGGAAAAUAUUUAAGAACCUAUUUUUAGAGCUAAUA